CCCAGUGUGUCUCACAACGUCUUUGAUCAACUUCAAUUGAAACGUUUCUCCUUUUUUUUUUCUUCUCCAGAGGUUUUUACAUGGAUACCACCCUGAAGUUUGAGCCUUGAAUGUUUUACUGUGGCUGACAGAUUUAUCUCGGAUUUUACGCUUUUUUAUUUGUGAACCACUCCCACGGACAAUGACUUCCAGAAGGCCAAUGACUCGCUCUUUUUCUGCUAAUGGGAGAACAAGCAGCUUCAGCGAAGAUGAGGGCAACGGUUCCAAUGGCCGUUCAGAAGGUCGCAGUAGUUACCUCUCCAAUGUUAGGCCUGAAAACAGGAGCACAUUGUGCAGCAUCAUGGCUCAGCUGACCGAGGACAUACAGCCGUCCUUUGACACCACCUUGAAAUCCAAGGCAGUGUCGGAAAACUGCAAUGUGAAGUUCACCUGUGCGGUUUCAGGUCACCCAGCUCCAGAACUGAAGUGGUACAAAGAUGAUAUGGAAAUGGACCGGUACUGUGGACUCCCAAAAUAUGAAAUUCGACGGAAUGGAAAAAUUCACACCCUCCAUAUUUACAACUGCACAUUGGAAGAUGCAGCAAUCUAUCAGGUGUCAGCCAGCAACAGCAAAGGCAUUGUCUCCUGCUCGGGAGUUCUCGAGGUUGGCACCAUGAGCGAGUUCAAGAUCCACCAGCGGUUCUUUGCUAAGCUGAAACAGAAAGCAGAGAAGAAGAAGAAAGAAUCUGAGGAACAAUCCAAAAAGGCAGAUAAAGAAAACAUACUGAAAGAGACAGUGCAAAAUAGCCCAGAGCGUCCUCCAAGGAAGCGGCACAUCCCGCCACAGGAUGGGCCUUUGGUCAAGGAGCCUGAUGCUGGAGAACAACUUGGAGCUGCUGCAGAACCUAAUGGCGUUACCUUGGAAGUCAAUGAUAUGGCCGCUGUCACAUCCAUAGACAGCGGCCUGGAGAAGGAGGAUGCCUUGGUUAAAAAGAAAAUAAAGAUCUCAAAUAGUGUCGAUGUUGACAUUAGCAGUGACAGCAGCAGAAGCCACAUGAUGGGGAACGGAGGUGAAAACUGUUACGAUGGAGGAAUCAGUUUGGCCCAGUUUUUGGCUGAGGCGCUCCAGUCUCAGGCAGCUGAGGAGAAACAGAACUCAUCUUUGGGGGAGAAACCUAAAGAGAUGAAUGUAAGUGAUGGCAAAGAGAAAGAGAGGAUGCAAAAGGAGUGGGAAGAACAAGGGAAAGCUCUGGAGGAAGAGUAUGGGAAAAGAAGAGAAGAGGACGUGGCUGCAGAAGGAGAGAAUGAAAGAAAACGGUCGUCGGAGAUGUUGCACACAACAGGCCACGGUAAACAUGGCUCAGACGUCAAACAUCACAAGGCUCAUAAGGAUCAUGACCAUCACAACAUCCAGGCCUCCCUCUCCUCCAUGAUCCACACGGUCAAAGACUUCUUCUUUGGUAAGAAUAAGAAAGACUCUCACGAUCACACUGAGAACAAGGAGAAAGAGUUUGACCACGACUCACUUCAGCCUCUUCAACCAGAAAUGCCGCUGUCAUUUAGGCUGCACCAGGAACCUAAUCCAGACGUAUACAAACCAUCGAGAGAGGACGUUGUUCCCAUGGAAACAGAUCAUCCACAAGAGCCUUCAGAACAUGUGGAUAUAGUUCAACAAUCACAUGAACACAAGUGUGAAGACAGUUUUCUGCACACUGACCUGCCACCAGAUGAUAAACCGCCACCUGAGCGCACAGAAGAGUCCACAGGUCAGAGUGUCAAGGUCGCUGUUGGGGCUACGGAGGCCAUGGAUCUGUCUGAGGCGACUGGGAGCAGCAGGCCAAGCGAAGACGUGUCAUUGUCCGAGCCUCAAGUUCUCACCGAGAUGGAACACAAAGAUUCUCAGACAGCUUCCGUCAACACAGAGGUUCCUGUAAACCAGCGAGAACCAGAGUGUUUGAUAGAUUCAUCAGAGCCCAAUCAACAGGCUGCAAGAGAUGAGUCUUCACCCAAGGAAUACAUGUCUGCCUCUCAACAGCAAACCACAGCCCCUCAUGAAGAACACCCUGCAUCAGCUAUUGCUAAGUUUGAAGAAGGCUGGAUUCCCCCUAACCGUGUUAUCUCACUGUCAGACAGCCACGGCUUUGGUCGAGCAACCCAAGAGGAGCAGCUGAAUAUCGAUUUAGUGGGCAAGGUGGUUAAACCUGACACAGCGGAAGGCCCGUCCUCCUCCAACAAGUUGUGUGAGGAAGAGAAAGCUGAAGUGAAAUUGCUCGAACAGCCAUGCUCAGAUAUAAACAGAUCUGAGGUUACUGAAUUACCAGCAAAUUCAGUGGAUGAGAGAGUAGAGCCAUGUGAGAACAUGACACCAGAUCAGGUGCUUCCACCUCUGCCUGCUGUGACUUGCGCUGCAGAGGAAGAUUGUGUAAGAGAAGAGAACGAAUGUACCUCACCCACUCAGGAAAUGAGCUUGGGAUUUCCGGCUGAGAGUUUAGGGCUGGUUGACCUAAAAAUACAGCCCAAAUUUCACUUUCCUUCUGCAGGAGAGGAGGUCUCACAAGGCCAAAAUCUCAGUGCAGAGCAGAGUGCAAGCUCAGGUUUUAGCAGCAGUGAAAAAAGAAGUGACUUGGAAGAGGCGUCGAAUUUUGCCUUAGAGAACAGUUUAGAGGGUAACUUGUGUUACAAUGUGAAGAAGGAGGUGAUUUUAGACAGUGUUAACACUGAAGCGAGAGAUGAGCAUCUACAGAUUGAAGAGAUUGAGAAGAAAGUAGAAGAGAUGGAUGAAUCAAAAACACUUUUAGUAGCAGAGACCAAGGGAAGUGAAGCUGACGUUUCGGAGGAACUGACACAUCAACAUGGUAGUGAGAAACAACUGGGUUGGCCUUCAGUGAAUAUUCCAACAAUCCACAUAUCUACCAUUGAAGACAGCACAGAUAUUCAACCAACUGUGCCAGAUGUAAACCAACAUGAACAUUUUGUAAUCCCAAAAAUUGAAAUAAUAGAGCCCGAGCUCAAAGAUAGCACUGUUCUGGAAUUGAAUAAGCCAGAAUCAGAUCUGGCAAUGUUGCAAAGCCAUGAUGCAACUCAUAUGUCAGAGACGAUAAUCCAAGACAUUAGCGUGACUGACUUUCCAGACUCGCCCUCGCAGAAAAGUAUGCAGAGUAAUAAUUCACUGACAGAGAAAGUAAAGGAAGUUGCACAAUUACCUGAUGAGACUAAGAUAAUUGAGCAGGGGCAGCCGCACAAGCAAAGCAGUGAACAGCUCCCUCAGAUGGAGACUGCAUUAAUUCCUGUUAUAAAUGUGUCAUGCACUGAUGACAAGGAGGAUCAUGCAUUUGUAAAUGCCAACGUUUCGCAUGUACUGGAGCCUUUCGAAACUCCAACAGUGCCUUUGUUUGUGGUGCCCCCGAUCUCUGUCACUUGUCAUGAAAGUGAUCCAGGUCUCAGCUUGCCCACGCAAAGUGAGUGGACAGAAACAGAAACUGAUGUCACGCUAAGGGUAACAAAUCACAAUGCGGUCAAUGACUUGAUGACAAAGCCUGAAAAAAGUCUGAGUGGACAACAGACUGUCGAAGAAGUGGCAGAGAAGAUUAUAAAAGAGAACACCCCUUCUUUGCUAAGUGAAGCUCUUACACCAAAGGCUGGUGACAAUGUGCCAUCAUUCAAUAAGACAACAGAAGACAAUACUGUUCCUGAAAUUUCAAAGAUAAAACCUCUUAAAGAGCCCAAAACAGAGAAUUCAGUUUCUGAGGAAGUGCAGAGAAGCAGACCUUCUGUUGACAGACUCAGCUCCAAACCCCCAGCACACCCAUCACUGAGUCCAGCCAGUCUCCGCAAAUUCAUGUCCAAAGCUGUUCUGGACUCAGACAGUGAGACAGUGACGGCUGUCCCUGUCAUCACUGUGGGUGAUCGUCAGAGUGACAAAGCGGACGAAGAUCUCAGUGGAGGCUCGACGCCAACGUCCCUCUCCUGUGAGAACAGUCCCCGGCUGAAACGCAGAGACAGCCUGUCCCUCAUACGCUCUGCCACGCCCGAGGAGCUGGCCUCUGGCGCUCGCCGCAAAAUCUUCAUCCUUAAGCCUAAAGAGGAUGGAGAUGGAACAGUGGUUGGUGUGCUGGACACUCAAGGCAAGAAGGAGACCCCCUACAUGUCACCCAGUCAGGCUCGCAGGGCGGCGUUAUUACAAGCUCCGAAAGGACAGAAUACACCACCGAUGGAGAGACGCUCUCCACUGCUGAACCGCAGGAAGGCCACGCUGGAGGUACCAAAGGCCAUGGACGAGACUCCCAAAGAGGAAGCAGUCACAAAAAAAGAGGAAAAACCAGCUGAAAAGAAGCUAGACCCAUUGAAAGCUCCACAGGUGAUCCGAAAGAUCAGGGGAGAGCCGUUCCCAGAUGCCUCUGGACACCUGAAGCUGUGGUGCCAGUUCUUCAACGUACUCAGUGACUCCACCAUCAAGUGGUACAGAGAAGAGGAAGAGAUACUGGAAGUGAAGAGAAGCGGAGGCGAUGAAAGCCAAGUAGCGCUGGCUAUUGUGCUGGCAUCCAGCCAAGACUGUGGGGUAUAUGGCUGCACUAUCAAUAAUGAAUAUGGGACUGACACCACUGACUUCCUGCUCAGCGUAGACGUUCUCUCUGAUAUACUACUAAAAGAUGAUCUGGAAGUGGGAGAGGAGAUCGAGAUGACACCACUGCUGUUCACCAAAGGCCUGGUGGACUGCGGCAGCUGGGGCGACAAGUACUUUGGGCGCAUCAUGAACGAAGCGGUGCACAUCGGCGAGGGUUGCGCUCACAAAGCCAGUAGAGUGAGGGUCAUCUACGGCCUCGAUCCCAUCUUUGACUCCGGAAGCAACUGUAUUAUCAAAAUUCUAAACCCCAUCGCGUACGGAACUAAACAAGAGAGCAACCUGGCUGAGAGGAAUCUAGAGAUUACUAAGCAAGAAUGCAAAGUCCAAAACAUGAUACGAGAAUACUGUAAAAUCUUUACGGCAGAGGCGAGAGUUAAUGAGAACUUUGGCUUUUCACUAGAAGUGAUCCCUCAGUAUCUCAUGUACCGCCCUGCGAACUCUGUGCCGUACGCCACAGUGGAGGCCAACCUUGAAGGAGUCUUUCAAAAAUAUUGUAUGAUGGGUCCUAAAGGCCAGCUGAUCACACAAACCGUUUCUGAGGUGGAGCAGAAAUGCAGCUCCUUCCAGCACUGGAUCCAUCAGUGGACACACGGCAAUCUGCUCGUCACUCGACUGGAAGGUGUUGAAACAAAGCUAACAAAUGUUAGAGUUGUGACCAAGUCAAAAGGAUACCAGGGAUUAACAGAACGCGGCUCUCCAGAAGUUUUCGACCAGUUCCUGACGCAGCACCAGUGCAACUACUAUUGUGGACUUCUCUGCCUGCGCUCCCUGAAGAAUAUGGACAGUCUGCAGCAGCCCACCAAAAUAAAGGGGUCCCGGAGCCCCCUCCUCAACCGCAAGUUAGGCUCAGGGAGCCCGCAGCUGCAGCGUAAAGGACACAGCCCUCAGAUAUCAAGAAAGGCCAACUCUAGCCCAAAAGUGACCAGAAAAGUUCAGGAGACAGAGGACAAUAAAUCAGACACCAAAACCAAACCUGCAGAAACUGCUGAUGCUCUUGAAAUGCAAUAGGAAGUAGUUUUUUUUUAAGUCAGCAAUAUUUAAAUGCUUUUAAUGGUUACCAAUAACCUGUUUCUUUCCAACUACCGAAGCCAGCACGCACACAAAGAGUUGUGAGAAAAACACUGGUUCGUUGGCCUGACUUGUCAAAAAAACAGCUCACUGUGAAUUAACGAGUUAACUUUCUCAGCUACUUAACUUAUAUACUCCAACAUAGUUUAAAAAGUUUUAUGAGAAUGUGUGGAGAGAUAGGCAUAAGUUUUUUUUGACCUUUUUGGCUCAAAAGAUACCAGCACAGAAAAGUUUUUCUACUUUUAGAGAAUAAAAAACACCACAUUCAAACACCUGCCUCAGAGUCUUAUCAGCUCUGUAAAGGGACAAACAUAUUAAUCGGCUUCAAAUAUAUCGUAAUAUAUCUGCAAGUCACUCUUCUGUUUGAGUGUUUUAUUAAAAAGACUGUGGAGUAUAAAAUAUACACGACCACAACCACAGAAGUGAUUGAGGUUAUGUAUUCGUAUGAAACACUACAUGUGCAUCUAUGAUGUACAGUACAUGUGUUGUGUAUAAGGUUAUUUUAGAGAUGUAAUUUAUGCUAAGAAGUAGAACUGAACUACAUGCAGCAUUUCUUCACAGAGCAAAGUUGAGCUUAUGCUGUGGAAUUACACUUUUGGGUCGAAGAUGUUUGUGUGCACUUUGUUUGUUUUUUGGCAUUUUUUCAUUUUAAGUAGUUUUUGAGUACUUUAUAUAUUUAUUAUAGAGGUUGUCUGUAUCUUUAAUCCGCCCUUUUACAGUAUUUCAGAAUAUAUGAUGGAGAAUGUCAAAGUAGUAAGGGCUUACCAUUGAACUCUUCAACUACGGCAUGCUUAUUAUGCUGAUUGACAUGCAAACAUGUGAGUGUGUUUCCGGCAGUUAGGUAAGUCUGCACACAGAGGUCCACCCAGCUAUUUGAAACUGUACUAUGGACUGUGUGAAGAGGUCACAGAGAGAGUAGACUCUGUCUGCUGCCUCGCUGAUCACUUGCUAAGGCUCGCUGCAUGAAAUCACCCUUUCGCUGAACAACAGACCAGUAAGUUUUGCUUGUGUACACUUGGUCAACAAUUACCAGGAUUUCUUCAAGUCAGCAUGGAUGAAGGAUUAGAAUGGAAAUAAAAAACAAUUCAUAUAUCUCAUACGUUUGCACAGAUAUCCACGGUUAAAUUCCAAAAGACACAGUUUACAAGAAGAGAUGUCACUUCUUGCCUUUUACGAGAAACCUAUGAGGAUGUCUUCUAUUGUUUCUUGGUUAAUGAUCAACAGUAGAGUCCAGAUGUUCGCUCUUAAAGUUCUGCUGUGUUCAUGUAAUUGCAUGACUCCUUAUGAAUGAAAGGAAAUACAAUUAUAGGAGAAAUAUUUGAAACGGAAUCAAUACAUUUGAGAAAAUAAGUCAGCUGAUGAUGUUAAGGUGUGGUGUCAUGCGAACACAUUGUCGUAUUGUGUUUACAUAUACAUAAAGUCGGAGGACUAAAUAUCUAAAGUAAUGUGAAGAACAGCAGUAAGUGUGUGAGGGACAGUGUGAAUGAGUGAGUGAGUGAAUAAAUGUGUGUUUACAAUGUGUGCUGUCUUUGGUAUGGAAGACCAUGUCACCUAAUGUUUUUUAUAAAUAAAU